AUGGCCGGCUCCGUGAUGAACGUAGUCAUGGAAAACAUGACGGAGAGCGCUCCUUUCCUGGAGAAGGAGACCACCAUCAUCGACCAGUUCAACACCAGCAUCUUUGUCUCUGGCGUAUGCUUCAUGUUUGCUGUCGGAUACUACGCAUAUGCUUCCCGGGAUCCUUACAGGGAGAUACCCGAGCUCAAUCCGCGCCGUCCCUUUGAGUUUAGCGACACCAGAAGGGCGCGGGACUUCAUAAAGAACACCUUCGAGACCUUCUCCGAGGGCAAAAGGCGCUUCGGUUCGAACCCUUACAGGCUCUUUAGCGAUACUGGAGCCGUCCUUGUCCUGCCCGAUGACUUUGUCGAGGAGAUCAGGAGUGAUAAACGCUUCGACUUCAGCACCGGUGCCGGCAACGAUGCUCAUAACUAUAUCCCCGGAUUCGAACCGUUCGGCAUCGACGAUUCUCUUCAAAAGAUCGUCAACAAAUACCUGACCAAGGCACUCGGUACGUGUGCGAAUCUUUCACCGAGACGCAACGACUACUUUCUACAUGAUGCUAAUACGACGGAAAUAGCAAAGGUGACAGCUCCGCUGUCUCAGGAGGCUGGCCUCGUCAUACAUGAAGUAAUCGGGGAGGAAACCGACUGGCAUAGCCUCAACGUCCAGGAAACCAUAAUGGCCGUCAUCGCAAGAAUGUCGUCCCGUGUCUUCAUGGGCGAGGAGCUCUGCCGCAACAAGGCGUGGACCGACAUCUCGGCGAGAUACACGCUCGAGGCUUUCAAAACCGGCGAUAUCCUCCGCGAAUAUCCUCCCUGGAUGAGGUCGUGGGUCCAUUGGUUCUUGCCGGGCUGCCAGAAUUCUCGGCGCUUGCUGCAAGAAGCCCGGGAAACCAUCAAGCCCUACAUAGUGAAACGCAGACAGAUCAAGGCCGAGGCCCUGGCACGCGGAAAGAAGGUAUCGUUUGACGACGCCAUCGAAUGGCUGGAGGCGACUGGCUCGCGUCUGGACGCAGCCACCGGCCAAGUCAUGCUGUCCCUGGUGGCUAUCCACACUACCACGGACCUGCUUCAGCAGACGAUGACCAACAUCGCCUCGCACCCUGAUCUGUUCGAGCCCCUUCGCCAAGAGAUCGUCUCUGUUCUGAGCACCGACGGGCUCAAGAAGGCUGCCCUGAACAGCCUGAAGCUCAUGGACAGCGUGAUCAAAGAGUCUCAGAGAUUGAAGCCCGUAUCAACAAUCUGGAGGAGGUACCCUACCGAAGACGUGACACUUUCGAACGGGUUCAAGAUAAAGAAGAACACGAGGAUCAUAGUCAACAACAUGCACAUGUGGGAUGAGAAACACUACGACAACCCGGAACAGUUUGACGGCUACCGAUUCUUCAGGAUGCGCCAAACUCCAGAAGAGGGCAUGGCGCACUUGGUCAGCACGAGUCGGAAGCACAUGGGGUUCGGCCACGGUACUCAUUCAUGCCCAGGCCGAUUCUUCGGCGCCAACGAGAUCAAGAUUGCCCUUUCCCACCUCCUGCUGAAGUACGAUUGGAAGCUCUGUGGCGAACCUAAGCCGAUUGGCAUCGCUAUAGGGAUGACGUACGGGUCAGAUCCUACCUCUGAGCUCGAAUUUCGACGGCGAGAGUCUGAGUUUGAUAUUGACAGUCUGGUGACUGAAUGA